CCUCAAUUAGUUAGAAUUGAGCCCAAAAUGAGCCGAGUUCAGUACAGUUGGCUGCUCCUGCUGCUGCUUGGUGCAGCUGGUACCUUUGCGGCGUCUCCCUCGAGUCGACUGCUUGCAGGCCAGGCGGCUGCUGUCGGCUCUCAUCCGUACAGUGUCUCGCUGCAACGCCAGGGUCUCCACCUCUGUGGAGGUGCUUUGAUCAGCAAUAAGGUCUGCCUGACAGCAGCCCAUUGCGUCACCACCGGCGGCGUUGAAAGCUAUCCGCCCCGCACUUUCCUGGUGCGAGUGGGCAGCAUCCAGCGCCUGGCCGGGGGUCAGCUGGCUCAGGUUGAUCGCAUUGUCGUGCACAGGGAAUACGCCAAUGGGGUCAAUGAUCUGGCAUUGCUUGUGCUCCAGCAACCACUGACGCUGAGCGCCAACAUACAGCCCAUAGCACUGGCCAGCCAGGCGCCUCCUGCUGGCGCCGAGAUCACCUUCACCGGCUGGGGAGCCACGACCCAUGAGGGGUCUCUCAGCCAACGCCUGCAGGUGGGCAAGCGCCAGGCAAUCAGUGCAGCCGACUGCCAGAAGCUGCUCUACUUCGAUGACGAGAGCGUCCUCUGCCUGGUGCCAGCAUCCGAGACGGCCUCCGAUGGCAUCUGUCAAGGCGAUGCUGGCGCGCCGGCUGUCUACAAUAAUGAGCUGGUUGGCAUUGGCGGAUUCGUCGUCGACAUCUGCGGCAGUUCCAUGCCGAAUGGCUUCGUGAAUGUCGCCCAUUACCUGGACUGGAUCAAGACCAACAUGUGAAACUAACAUUGAAUCCCUCCAGAUGGCUUUGAUAUUAUUUAGCUGUGCCGACAGGAUGUCUAAUUUUUAUAUAUUAUAUAGCUCCAUAAGAUCUGUAAACUUAAAUUGUAUCAAGCUGCACAGACGCUAUUCUUAAACCGAA